GUUGUGCGUUCGCAAACUCAGUUCGAGAAAAUAAUUACAAGUGAUUAAUUAUAGAGCAUAAUUUGCUUCAAGUUUUCAGUUUUUGGGAAAGGCAAGAAAAUAAAAUUAAAAACAAAAUGAAAUUCUACGUUUGUGUUGUUGCUGCUUUUGUGUUUGUUUUCGCCAGUUUGUGCGCUGUGAGCGAUGCCCUGGUGGCACGCGCCCAAUACAAAAAUUCAGCCUACCCCGGCAAAUGCUACAUCAGCAGCGAACUCAUACUGUCGCCCGGUCAAACCGGCAAGGCGCCGAACAAUCCCUGCGCAAGCAUCAAGUGCUUGGACAGCGGAAAUGUCGAGUUUACAACCUGCCCCGCUGUGGCGCCACCAAAAGGCUGCAAGCAACGUGACUUCGUCAACGCCAAGCGACCAUAUCCCGAUUGCUGUGAACGUGCCUACGAUUGUACGCGCAGCUUUUAAGCGCCGAAGUGCAAGUACAAAGAGGAGCAGGAGAACAAAAGGAAACACGAAAAAAAUUAAACUAAAAAAAAUUAUAAUAAUAAAAUUUAGUAAAAUAUAAAUCAUCAAACUACGAAGCGCAUUAAACACAAUCGUAAAUCUCGCAUUGUGUAAACCAUGAAUAGGAAGUAUAAGACAAGGAAGAAGAAAAAGAAAACCCCCAUUGUCAAUCGUAUCAUCGUCGCCAUCAUUCAACGGCACUCACAACACUACAUACUGUCAACAACGUCAUUUAGCCAUUUAGCCAUUUUUCUGUGCUUCCUCAUUGCCGUCGUCCAUUCUUGCGUUGAGUUGAGUUCAGCUAAGGUGUGUGCGUACGCAACACGCCCUGCCUUGAUCGGCGCCAGAACAACGCACGUAUACCAACUACAACACUUCAGUCCAUACAAUCUCAAACACACCCAUCUAAACGCACACAUACAUACAUACAUGCAUACUGCGCAUGCGCAUCCAUUUAUGUAGACACACACACCCAAACUCACACAUUUACUAAAGUACAACGUACGUCGAACUACACCGGCUCCAGCUGCAGCUACCAACUGAACUGCUUUGUUUACGUUGGCGCAGAUGUCUGUCUGUCUGCAGCCCAGCCCAGCGCAGCCCGGGUCAGUCAGCUUAGUCAGCUUGUUGGUACUCAGCCCAGCUGAGCCGGCUGGAGAACCAGCAUUAUCCCUGCCAUUCGUUUCUAGUGACUUCCGUGGCGAUUUAUAGGCAAUUAAAUGUCAGUUUAACUGCGCAGUCACCAGUCACUUUACUAGAAAUAAUUUAAGAAAAAUAAUGUUUUAGUUUCUUUUCAUUUUUGUUUCGUUGCUACUCAGUUUUAUUUAAUCAAAAAAAGUACUCAUCUUGCAUUCUUUGGUUACGGUGUUUUAGUUUUUUUUUAUUUAAAU